AUGUCAUUGCACCAAGAAGCUUCCUGGGUGUCCAUUGCUAGCCGCAAACAGGCCGAACGAGCCAGCCGCAUCCCUCCAAAAUGGCAUAUAUCGCCCAACGUCAUUCCGCGAGACCCUCCUCGGCUUCAGGAUGGACCUCAAAAGGUCCUAGACAUCCCCCCUCGCUUCCUCUCGCAAGAAGAGGUUUCCAUCACAGAAUCAUACAACGUCCCAAGUCUCCUCCAGGCAAUCUCAUCCCGCAAGCUUUCGGUUACAGACGUUACAAAAGCUUUCUGUCAUCGCGCGGCUAUUGCGCAGCAACUCACAAACUGCCUCACUGAGCCUCUUUUCGAUUCUGCUAUCCAACGUGCUGAAUAUCUGGACCACUAUCUCCGCGAAAAUGACAAAACCCUCGGUCCUCUUCAUGGCCUUCCAAUCUCUGUCAAGGAUACUUUCAACAUUGCCGGCGUUGACUCGUCAAUGGGCCUCGCGUACCUCUGUCACAAACCCGCUGAGCAAAACGCGCCGCUAGUCGACCUGCUGCUAUCCCUGGGGUGUGUCAUUAUAGCGAAAACCAACAUCCCACAGACCCUCGCAAGUCUUGACUCGGUAAACAACGUCUUCGGGCGCACGAUGAACCCUAUUAACAGAAUGUGUACCGCUGGCGGCUCAUCUGGAGGCGAAGGCGUCAUGGUUUCUAUGAAAGGUUGCAUGAUCGGCAUUGGUACCGAUAUUGGUGGAAGUAUCCGCAUUCCUGCUAUGUGCAAUGGGGUUUAUGGGUUCAAGCCAUCGAACGGGCGCCUACCGUAUGGUGGACAGGUUCUGACUGGUAUCGAGGGCAUGAGUCGCACCUCUAUCCAAGCUGUUGCCGGGCCAUUGGGUCGGAGCGUUGAGGAUAUCGAUACUCUGUUGCGGGAAGUUAUCCCUCGCGCUACACUUUGGGGAGAAGAUUGUAUGCCUGCUUCCUGGUCGCCAACUCCACGAAACACACGGGCUUCAGGCAGCGGUAAAAAUGGAGAGCUUGUCGUUGGCGUACUUCGAAGCGACGGCAACUGCAGUAUCCACCCGCCCAUCGCGAACAUGUUGGAUGAAGUCACAUUGUCCCUCUCGCUGAAGUCUAACGUCAAAGUGGUACAGCUCGAUACUCCAAGGGCGUGGACAAAAGCGCAGUCUGUAAUGAACAAGCUCAUGGGCGUCGACGGUUCGGGUCCAAUGGCCGAUAUGAUUGAAGCUACUGGAGAGCCACUUGUCCCAUGGACGAAAGCAAGGUUCAAGCGGGGACAGCCACUAUCACUAACGCAAGUAGCGGAAUUACAAGCACAAAGAUCUCGGCUCGAACAAGAGAUGCUGAAAAUAUGGGUUGAGGAUGACGUUCAAGGACGACGUAAGCAAAAGAUUGACGCUAUCAUCUGUCCUGUGGCACCGCACCCUGUGCCGCCUAUUGAAGGGUACAACGCCGUCGGUAUGACGAGUAGUUGGGUACUUUUGGACUACCCUGCUGGAACGAUCCCUGUGCGUCAAGUGCAGGAGAGCGAUCUUCAGCUUGGCUCCCCUCAGGGAGGCAAAGUGUUAAGCAGCUGGGACGAGAGAGCUCGUGAUCUAUGGGACGAGACCAAAAUAGAUCGGCGUCUCUACCUAGGAACGCCGUUAAGCGUCCAAGUCGUGGUGCCAAGGCUACGGGAUGAGAAACUAGUGGAAGUUAUGGGUUGGGUAGAUGAAGCUUGUAGAGCCAGCCACGAGAGUAAAAAGGCGAAGCUGUAG